CCAUGAGUAAGUCCAGCACACUGAAAGUAAAGGGCUUGUUUAAAUUAAAAUCACCCGAUAAAGAAAGCAAGGAGCUGAAACGGUCGGGCUCCCUCAAAGAUGAAGCAGCGACCAGCCCCAGAGACAAGGCGAGCCCCGGUCCCUUCAGCCCGGGAGACAACGCCACAGUGGCCGGUGAUGUUUUACCCAUUUCCCCGAAAGAAAAGAAGGGAAGGCGGCUGUUGUCGUUCAAGCUGAAACGGAAGAAAUCCAAGCGCAAAGAAGGAGGAGGAGGAGGAGGAGAGGUGUUCUUCCCUGACACUGAUGAACUGGACAGCUUCAACAGCCACCUGAGUUACGACCAGAUGAGUGUUUCCACAGAGUGCAGUUUCCAGACUGAAUCGGACUGGGACCCUCAUUCUGAGUCCACCUCCAUGAUCAGCUUUGACAUGACUCAGCCAUACAGCACUACUUCACCCUCCAAAUUCUUCAAGAAUUCGGAGGAGAAGAGGGGAGUGUUUGAUCGCCUCAGCAAUUUCUUCAACUCAAAGAGAAAGAAGAGCAGUAGUAGGAAGCAUUCAGACUCUUCUGCUGAUGCAACUUCCCCAACAUCCCCCUUGUCUCCACGUUCACCCCAGUCUCAACAGGAGGAUGGGCUAAAGACUCCAACUCCUUCUCGAAAAGACAGUGAGCUAACGGGGCCUCAUUAUGCAGAGUCCAGAACGGGAGCAGAGCGUGGUGACACUCUCAGCCAAAGCUCCAGUCCCAGUGCCUCAAGCAUGGCUUCUCUGCUGCCAGAUGAAGCAGAGCUGCCCUUCGCAGAUAGUAACAGCAGUGGCCGAAGCAGUGUGAGGGAGGUGCAUGUGUGCAGGAUCAGCACAGCCAGCGGCGAAAGGAAUUCUGGGAAUGUGACUCCCACCACUCUGGACCUUGCUACUACCACUCAUCCAAGUGCUGAUUCAAGCUCAGGACUAGGCUUUGCAGAGUCAGUGGUGGAGGAAGUAAGCAAGAGGCUACAAGUCAGUUUGGAAGAAAGUGCCCUGAAGAAUCCAGAGGGUUCCAGUGAGGACAAUGCAGUUAACCAGACCACACUGUCAACAUUUAAAAUCUCCCUUUCCGAGGCAGCUGAGGCACCAAAGUCACCUAACUUAACCUCUAUAAGCUUAGGAUCAAAGAAAACAUCAGUAAAAGUUGGAGAGAAGGGGCACAGCACUGCCCUAAAAGGAAUAACUUUAGGCUCUCAGUCAUCCACCUCACAGAUCAUCACGACUCAACAGGAAGAUGAGGACUCUCCCGACAUAGCAAGGGAAAACUCAGGAGCCAACAGGACGGCUCAGAUAUUCUCUUGUGAAACUGUAGCCACUGCAUGGAGCCCUUCACCUGAGAAAGAGCAAGUACCCAGAGAUGAUUCUCCUGUCCAACUCCACAAAGCCAUAUGGGUGGAAACACACCUGGGAGAGGAGGAGGAGGAAGGGGGGAGGGAGGAGGACAAAGAGAAGGAUAUAAUGAAAGAAGGGGAGGAGGGCUUCAGAGCAGACUCGCCUCCCGUACUGGCUAUACCUGUCACAGUAAUUCCUGAGGAUGACUCAGUCACUCAGGGCACUGCAGCCAGCCCUUCUACCCCCUCAGAGACUUUGCUGUCCAGUGGCUGCUUGCCAGAAACAGCCAUCUCCUUGGCACCGACUACUGAGGAGUUCCAAACAACCUUACUGCAGCCAGAGGAGCCGGACACUGGCACACACUCAAAGCAAAGUUCACUUCAGGAGAAACGCAGAUCGAGAGAAAUUCGUGUUACUCGCAAGACUGUGAACCUGCCUUCAAAAAACAAGGUUUUUGCCCAGAAGGUGUACGUUAGGCCGGAGCCAAGUUUGGAUGGGAACGGAGCGACGGGAGAGGUGUACAGCGGAGAUUCAAUUUCAAAGACUUCAGACACAACAGAAGUUAAACUACUUCCAAGCCUCCAAAACAACAACAAUGUGGAACUCAAGGAAGCCAAACUUGAGCCAUUACCAACAACACACUCUGACGAAAAUACUCCUGAACCCCUAGUUAAAGAAAAAACAGACUCUGAGGCCUCUGACUUUGGUGAUAUCUCUGCAACCUCAGACAUGUACAGAGCAAAGUCACAAGCAGUGGGGUCUGGGGUAAGAGGCCAAGGGACUAACCAGGCUACACCCUCUAAACGAGGGGUUAAAGCAGCAGCAGAAAGUAGGCAUACCACAGCAAGUGGAGCAAAGACCCCAUCUUCAGCAGCUGGCAGCAAGGCCAAAAAUGUGACAACAAAGGUUAAGGCCUCCACAGAGAGCACAAAAGUGGGAACUUCUGGUGAUAUGCCACCGCAGAGGGAACAUAGCAAUGAUAAAACUGUUUCUAUGUUACCAACAUUAAAAGACCAAAGCACCAGUGGCUCCUCAAGCGCAACAGGUUCAAAGUCUAAAAUCCCCAAAAGGUCAACAUCAGAUGCUGAUGUGAAAUCACCAGUGACAUCAGAUAAAACAUCAGUAACUGAUGCCUCUGGGUUAGUGGUCACUUCCAAACUGCAGAAACAACCCAAAACCAGAGAAUCUUUGAAAUCUCCAGUCACUACAACCAAACCUGGCAGGAAACCAAGUUUUGAAGAAGCCAAGGGAAUGAGAGCUCUAUCAGGAGACAUUUCUCCCACAAAAACAACACACAAGACAGGAACAAAGGCUAUUAAAGAAAAGUCAGAUGUCGACAGUGAUUCUAUAAAUCUGGUAAAUGGCGUGGAGAAAGACUGCAAGGACAGUAAUAUUAAAACAGGACACCCAACUGACAGGGAGAGCCUGGAUGUCAAAAAACAAGGGCAAAACAAUCUGGAGAAUAAUGCCUCCCUGGCAUCAAAGAGUCGGUUGGCCAUUUCAUCUCCGACAAGAAAGAGGAAGGAUGAGAUAACUCAAACAAGUGGCACCAACAAUAAAAAAAUUACAUCUGGUCAGACAGACUCAAACAGACCCACUACAGCCCAGAAGCAGAGUCCAGAGCAGCAAGAAGUAACUCCAGUCGACAGUGGCGAGAGACCUGGUAGUGAGACACCACCCCCACUCCCUGAAAGUCCCAAGAAAGGCAGCAUGCUGUCAACAAGACCAUCCAAAUACCUCUCUAAAAGAAGCAUUAGUCAUGAAGAGAGUGACACACCCACCUUGUGUGUCUCUCCACCUCCCACCAAGCAAGAGAAAUCUGUCUCAUUGAGGCUCUCCAAACAGAGUGACAAUAUCAAACACCACAAAGGUCCAGUAGAGGAUUCAGCGGAUCCCUCAUCCUCUGUAAGCAAGCUUCCUAGAGGUCAGAGAAGCUCCAACAAAGUAAAAUGCAGAAAACAUUCACCAACUCAGAAUUCUCCAAGCACAUGUACAUCUGAACAGGAUGACUCAAAUCAGAACACUAACACAGAGACAGCUGUCAAAGCAUCAGAUAGUGUCGUAGCAGAUCAUGUGAAGGACAAUGACAGUGGUGACAGAUUUAAAUUCAAGUCUCUGUCUACAGAGGAAAAAGAACGCACAAUAAAACUCACAAACAAUCAGUCAAGUACGAGUGAAAUCAAACUGAAAGGAAAAGAGACAAAGGAAUUAGAGGAGAGCAUAACCAGUCCCACAACUGUAGAGAUUUCAAAAAUCCAGCCAUCACCAAAGAAAAACACUGAAGUAAAAGUUACCCCAGUUACAGGCCAAGGAGCUGAGGUAGUGCCUAGCAGUGUGGUUGUCAAUGCAAGUCCAUCUCAGUCGCCAGUUACUGAUGUAAAUAAUGCUGAGACUGAUAGCCACGGAGGACAGUGUCAGACCAAGCAACAAGCAAAAGUUGAGUCUUCACCUGGAAAUGUAGCUCACAUUCAAAGUGACAACACCACACAGGAACAGGAAACACUGUUUUCACCAAAGAUUUGUCCAGAAGAUGUAAAAGAGACUCAGCUAAUAAGUAACAUAAAACCAUAUUUAAUCCAGGAGGAGGGCCUUCCAAAGACAAAUUCUGCCAUUUUGGCUCAGGACACAAUACCAGCUCAUGAGGAUGUAACUGAUAUGUCAGCCAAACUUGUUGUGGUUGACAGCAUUCACUGUGACAUAAUGACCCACUCUGAUGAGGAAGGUGUUAUGCCCGAUAGUGUUUCCCUUAAAAAAACAAAUACGGUCAUUUCUGACGAAUAUAAUAGUCUUCCUGCCAAAUUGGCCUCAAAAGACCAAGAUGCUGAGCUAAAAGAUGUACUUUCAGCCACUUCCAUUGCUGUUUCACUUUAUGCUAACGUGGCCAGUACAGAGCAACAAAAGGAGUUAUUGAAGGAUCAAACCACAAAUAUCAUUCUUGAAAAUGAUAGAUUGCCCACAUUAAGCAGAGAUUUAGUAAAAGAUUUUGAGGUAGAGGAGAAAAGUAAAGAGGAGCUUGGCAGGGAACCAGCAGAGACUUUGAACAUUCAAACAGUGACUGUGACUGUUUGUGAAUCGCCCAAGAAUGUUGAAAAUAAGCUGGACAAAGAGCCUCUUUUAUUGGCAGGAGAAUUUGAAAAACAGGAGAAAGACUCAAAACCAAAUGAAAAGCUGAACGACGCAGCGGUGGAAAGCACUGACUCACAGAACAGUUGCAAAAAGAAGCUCAAGGGCAUAACUAUCGAGGACAAAGGAGAGAAAGACAUUACAAAACCAGAGAAACCAACACAUUCAUCAUCACAGGAGAAACGUUUACAGCCUGACUCAGAGGAGGAACCACAGACAGUAGUUAUAGAUGCCCCGGGAGAGAAGAAGACAGAGGCAGAGCAAGCAAGAAAUGCAGUCCAUGAAAAACCAGCCAGUGUGGUCGAUACAAAGCAGGAAUGUGAGUUCCUCUUAAAAGAAAAUGCAGAGGGUGGCGAUAAGGAAACAGAUCAGCAGAUGAAGGCAUCAACAGUGAAAAAUGAACAGGAACCCAAAGUACUUCUAACCAAAGAUGAGGAAGUCGGGGAUAACAAAGCAAACCAGAAGGAAAGUGAAACAAAGGAUUUAUCGAUGAAGGGUUUACCAAAUGAGAUUGGAGUUACCACUGCUAACUCUGAAGUUAGCAACCAACAGGACCAGAAGUCCACAAUUGUUAGAGAUCAACAUGAGGACAUAAAACCAGACAAGAGCAAGUCAACAGAAUCCAAACGUCCAAAUACUGACCUAAAACAGGAACCAGAAACGGUAAGAGCAGAAGCUCCAGAGAUGAUGUCAGAAAGCCAAAUUCAAAAACUAAAGGUGGUAAGCACCAAAACUGAGGGAGGUCAAGAGAAGACAAGGGAAACAAAGGAUUCGCCAAUAAAGAGUUUGUUGAAUGAGAUUGUAAUUGAGAAUGCUAACUCUGAAGUUAGCACCCAAAAGGACCAGAAGCCCUCAAUUGUCAAAGAUGAACAUGUGAAGAUUAGGAAACCAGAGAAAAACAUUGAUCAGUCCACAUAUUUCCAAGCCCCAAAUGCAAACCCAGUUGUUUUCAUAACUGAAAAAGCAGCUAGCAAGAUUGAUAAGGAACAGGAACAGAAAAACCUCAUUAAAGAGGGUGUUGAAGUUGAAAAUAAAGUGACAAAGCAGGAGGAUCAGCAGAUGAAGGCAUCAAAAAUAGAUGCCAAGCAAGAGUCAGAACCCAUUUUUGUAAAAGAUGCAUCUAGCAAAAAAGUUGGUGGAGAACAAAAAGACAAGCCCACUGUUGUUCCAGAUGAAGUACUCAAAAGUACUGAUGCUCAGAAGAAUGAUGAAGACACAAAAGAAAAAACAAAAACAGAUAGUGGUUUGAAACAGAAACUGCAGACUUUAAGAAAAGAGAGAACCAUAAACCUCAAUUAUCCACAAAAGCCUGCAAAGCCAACACUCAAUGGCAGUUCGUCUCUCUCUGCAGCGAAACCAUCCACUCCAUCUCAAAGUUUUGAGCUAAAGAAGGAAUCUCCAUCUAGCUGGUUAGAUGUGGAACAUCAUCAAAAACAGAAGAAGGAACAUAAAAGAAGACUAGAUGCCUCAGCCAGUGAGGAUGAAUCUCUUGAGCCUGAUGACUUUGAUGAUUUUAUCAGAAGCAUUAAGGAGGGCAGCAUUCCUUUCUCAAUACCUCAAAAGAGGCAUAUUCGUAAAAAUUCCCCAUCUCCACCUUUUGUCAUGCCGGCGAUCAAGGAGGACCAUUUUGAGAGAACGUUUGAUCCAGAGGAAUUCCAGUUUGGCUUAAGAAAAAAUGGCAAAAGUUUUAGGGAUCCUUCCCCAGCUAUGGUGAUUAAACAAAAAGCAGCUAAUAGGGAAGGACAGACCCUGGAAAAACAUGCACACAAUAAUGCCAUGCAUACAUCUAGAGACCAAAUGAAAUCCCUUGAUGAGGUGGAAGGAAAAGAUGGAGUCAAAGAGGGGACAAAUAUCAGAGCAGGAAAAGAAGAGGGACAAAACAAUGGAGAAGAGCCUGGGAAGCUGACAUCACGACUUGAAAGGAUGUCCAUCCUCUCUAGCUUACUGAAUUCCCCUCGGUCCUCCAGGAAAACCAAAGAGGAAGCUACGUCCGCCUCAAAUAGCACACUUUCAUCUAACCAACAGGAUCUGCCCUCACUUGGAAUGCAGGGAGUUGUUGAUUCACCUCUGCGUGGCGUAGACGCAGAUAAGGAGGGUGUGAAAGUUAUAGAUCAAGGUGAGUCAGCACUCAGCCCCUCCUCUCCUCCUCUUCUGCCCUCGUUCACGGAGAUAAAGCUGCCUGAUCAUUUAGAGAAAUACCUCAAGAAGAACAAAAGGGGAUCUGAGGCCUCCCAGGGCUCUACGCAGAUAUCUAAAACUAAACUAAAUCCUGAGGGGAGUACUGUGAUGGACCAGGCCUCGAUACCAGAAGUACCUAAUGUGGAUGUGGGCCUGAAGGACCCUGCACGACUGCCUCCAACCAGCAACUACAGCCAGCAGACUUCUCGAAGUGGACUUUCUACUUCUAAGACUAAGAUACCUGCAAUAAGAGGGUUCCACAAAAGGCCUGGAAAGAUUGUCAUACAUGAACAUGCGCAGUUUGAAGGGGAAGCGUUUGAACUCCACUGUGAUGUAGAGGAUGCCACCACAUUGAAGCUGUCCCCUGUUAUCUCAGUCAGAGUCAUCAGAGGAUGCUGGCUCCUCUAUGAAAAACCUGGCUUCGAGGGUCGGAUCAUCGCCCUUGAGGAAGGUCCUACGGAGAACAUAGUGAAUAUGUGGGCAGAGGAGGGAACUCCAACGACACUAGACCAGAUGGGUCAGCCUGUACCAACAGCACCUGUAGUCAUAGGUUCUAUCCGAUUGGCAGUUAGGGACUAUAGCAUACCCCGAAUUGACCUGUUUGCAGAGGUGAAUGGGUUAGGGAGGAUGUCGUCGUACUGUGACGACACUGUAGAGAUUGGCUCCUAUGGGAUUCCCCAGACCACUGGCUCCAUUAAGGUCCAUUCUGGAGUCUGGCUGGUGUACACUGAUCCAGGGUUUGGAGGUUUUGUAGGAGUGCUGGGAGUGGGGGAGUAUCCGAGCCCAGAGACCUGGGGUUUCCCUGAGCCCUUCAUCGGGUCUCUCAGACCCCUCCAAAUGGGACCAAUAAGGGUGGAUCAUCCUAAUGAAUUAAAGGCCUUCGUGUUUGAGAAGCCCAACUUUGAUGGAGAGUGCAUAGAGGUCGACAGUGAUGUGUACAACUUGCAAGAAGAACCGGAAGAGGAAAAAACAGGCAAACCGGACGAGAACAAGAAGACAUUAUCUACAGUGGGGUCUAUAAAGAUACUUGGUGGUCUCUGGGUGGGCUAUCAGGAGGCAGACUUCGAAGGCCAGCAGUACAUCCUGGAGGAGGGGGAGUAUCCUCACUGCAGUGACUGGGGAGGAUCUGAGGACGGGCUCCUGUCACUUCGGCCUGUAUGCACAGAUUUCUUGUCCCCCCAUGUUAAACUGUUCAGUGAGCGGCACUUUGAUGAGCUGGGGCUCAACGUGGACUUGCUGGGUCCCGUCCUCAACAUGGAGGAUGUCGGCUAUGGUGUCAAAACUCAGUCUGUCAGCGUCAUGGGUGGAGUGUGGGUGGCAUUUGAGAAGCCUGGAUUCAGCGGAGAGGUCUAUGUCCUGGAGAAAGGCCUGUAUGCAAGCCCAGAGGACUGGGGAGCCCAGAACUUCAAGAUCUCAUCCAUACAGCCGGUCUUCCAUGACACACUGAUGGGAACAACAAAAUUCAAGGUGCAGCUGUAUUCUGAGCCAGACUUCCAGGGAAGGCUGGUGGCUCUGGAGGACAGCGCAGCAGCUCUGGAUGAGGACUUCAUACCCAGGUCCUGUAAGGUGCUGGCUGGCAGCUGGGUGGCGUAUGAAGGAGCCCAGUUCAAAGAGAACAUGUAUGUGUUGGAGGAGGGGGAAUACCCCAACACAGAGGCUAUGGGCUUCCUGUCAUCAGACUCUACCAUCCGCUCCUUACACACCGCAGGACAUGAGUUAUCUCUGCCCUCCAUCAUCUUGUUCAGUAAAGUGGGCUGUAGAGGUCGCAGAGUGGUGUUGACAAAUGGAGCUGUGAACCUGCAGCAGAAUGGCCUGGACUCACGCAUAUGCUCCCUGGUGGUGGAGGGAGGAAUGUGGGUAUUGUAUGAAGGCAUUAACUACUGUGGUCGACAGCUGCUUCUCCAGCCGAGUGAAGUGGGUGAUUUGUGCAAGUUCAGUGGCUGGCAGCGAAUAGGAUCCCUACGUCCAUUACUCCAGAAGCCGAUGUACUUCCGUCUGCGGAACAGGGAGACAGGAUGUGUGCUGUCCCUGACAGGAACUCUGGAUGACAUCAAGCUGAUGAGGGUUCAGGCUGUGGAGGAGACAGGAGGGGAAGAGCAGGUCUGGCUCUAUCGGGAUGGGCAGCUUACCUGCAAGCUGGUGGAGGAUAGUUGCCUGGAGACCUCAAGCAGUGUGGUGAUGGCGGGCAGCAGGCUUUGUGUUUCCCCGGAGCGAGGCAAAGACAACCAGCUGUGGAACAUCACCCCGGAUGGCCUGGUGCACUGCCACCUCAAACCUGACCUGGUCCUGGAGGUCAAAGGUGGUCAUCAUUAUGACAAGAACCAGGUAAUCCUCAACACAUUUGAUGAGAGAAAAUUGGACCAAAGGUGGACCGUGGAGAUCCUGUGAUCUGAUGAGUCUCGACUCUCCAAAGAAGCUCUUCUGUGGCCCUCACAGCCCUCUGCUGCAGCUCUGCCAGGGCACUGAGCCCUGUGAUGCAGCUCCGCUGUGGAACCAACACCACAGAGAUGGGCCCAGUAGGAGGUUUUGCGCAAACACUGCACUCUUUUGUAGUAUUUUGAAUCUUGUUUACUCUUGUUGAGGAGGGUAACCAUUGACUGGAUCAAUACUAUAACUGCUAACCAAACUCUGAAAAACAUGCACUCACAUAGCAUUAGACAAAAGUUGUUUUUUCUUUUUCAGAAUGAAUGAGUAUUGCAAAAAUAUUGCUUAUUUUUAGCCACUUGAUUUUGAACACUGUAUAUCAAAGACUCCAUGCCCUCUAUGUUUUCACUGCAUGUAGUGAGAACUCAGCCCUGUUUCAAUGCUGCAUACCUCUCUUUACUAUGGUACUUUUUCACUGCAUUGUCUUAAUGUUUGCUUUCUGAUCAUAAUGUCGGCAAAUAUGAAAGUAUACUGUAUACUGACAACUGCGAUAUGAAGUCCGGUGUGUCUACACUCCAAAGAUCUGUGUAGACUAAGAUGUUUUUGUAAUAACUGUAGAUCAAAAAUGAUCUAUUGUUAUGUUUUGAUAUCUUUUUAGGAUUUUAUAGGUUUUACAUUUUUACACAAACUGUACUUUAAUGCAUUAGGUUGUACAUACGCAUCAAGUGUAUAGAUUAGAGUUUCAAUUUCAAAGCAGAACUGCAAUAACAAUUCUGUCCACUGUUAAUUGUAAAUAUGUGAAUGUAAAAGAGAAAACUGUCAAAAUAAGAAUGUGAUUUUCUAUCUUGCAUCUUUUUUAGAAAAUAAAACACUGUCUUUCUUUA